AUGGGUCAUAUCAGUGCAACCGGGCCCGUCAUGACUCCCAAGCGCUCGCGCGGCGACGAGGGACCGCGUCGUUCUAAGCGCAUCAAGAAACAGACUCCCCGCUACACUUCGGACAGCGAGCUCUCACUGAGUGACAGUGAGAGCCAGCCCACGAGCUCGGGUACCGUCGUCGUAGGCGACUUGGGCAAGGAUAUCAAGACCAGAAACACCCACAAGGCCAACGUCCUCAAGGACAAGAAAAGUGUCCAGUUCAAAACUGAGGCCCCACCUGUCCCACCUUCACCCAUAUCCCCAAUGUCGCCUCGUGAGGCUGCGACCCUCGCGCACCUCGCCGACACCAUGGAAGCGCCCAAGUACUGGAACUAUGCGGUCCCGACCGCGGAGUCCCACACAGCCAAUAUCAACUCGGGCAUACUCGAGCUUCUCGGGACUGUGGCGCGUCUCGGGAGCACUCUCGAUCAGGUCCUCGGUCACUUGGGCGUCCUAGGGGUCAGCAAUGCGGGCCUCGAGGACAAGGCGGCCGCGAUCCUGAAGCAUCUGCAGGAGAGCAAAUGA